AUGGCGGAUCCUCGAAUCGGCAAGUCCUUCUUUAUCUCCUUUUACUUUAUAAUCUCCCUCACUUUGCUUUUCAUUUCGCCGUCGUAUGCCAACGACUCUCCGGUUAUCGUCGAUCCGAUUCCGUACGAAAUCGAUAACGUUUCUACCGAUGUAGCUGCGUCGGUUAGUGAAUCCAAUCGAGAAGCUCUUCUACUGCACAAACUGGAGGAUCUCGUUAAGAACCUGACGGAAUUAGUAGCCAAUCUAGACGCUAGGUUAUCCGAAUCUCAGGAACCGCCGUUCAAGGAGAAGCACGAUAACGCUAAAUCACCCGAUGAAAUCGGAGCAAGAGCCAAGGCGUUUUCGGUUACCAAAUACAGUCCGUUUUGGACGGAGAGGUUUCUGUUCACAUCCGCCGUGAAACUCGACUCCGACGCGACCUGUAUCAACGUGUUGCCGUUUCGGGAUUUCGAAGGAUCGAGCAAAUACUUCGCGAUCGGGGAUUCGAGAGGCAAGGUUUACGUGUUCCUGAGAAACGGCGACGUUUUGAUCGAGUUUUUCACCACCGUUGAUUCGCCGAUCACAGCGAUGGUUUCGUAUCUGUCCGUGUUUAGGAACUCGAGCUUCGUCGUCACGGGUCACCAGAACGGCGCCGUUUUGUUCCACCGGAUCCACGAAGGAUCAUCCAGCGGAGAAGACUGGAACUCGAAUUCGGUUUCCAUGGAGAACGUCGGGAAGUUCGACGGGGAUGAUUCGGCCGAUCCCGUGACGCUGCUUGAAGUGCACCACGUCGGUCGGGUCAGGUACAUUUUGGCGACGGAUCUGAGCGGGAAGCUCACGGUUUUAACCGAGAACCGGACGGUUUACGGAUCGGUUACGCCGUCGAGUAGACCGCUCGUGUUCUUGAAGCAGAGGCUGUUGUUCCUCACCGAGUCCGGUGCUGGUUCGUUGGACUUACGGAGCAUGAAGAUAAGAGAAACAGAGUGCGAAGGACUUAACCAUUCGCUCGCGAGGAGUUACGUUUUCGACGCGACGGAGCGGUCCAAAGCCUACGGAUUCACGUCGGAAGGAGAGAUCAUCCACGUGUUGCUUCACGGAGAUAUAAUGAACUUCAAAUGCAGAGUUAGGUCCAAGAAGAAGUUUCAGAUGGAGGAGCCGGUUGCUCUACAGUCGAUCAAAGGCUAUCUUCUCGUCAUCGACGAGGAAAAGGCGUUCGCUUUCAACGUGUCGACUCAGCAUUACGUUCGAACCGCUGGUCCUCGGCUUUUGUUCUCUGCGGGUUUGGAAGAGAUCCGAUCUGCGUUCUUGAGCCAUCGCCAGUCGACGUCAAGGACCGUGGGAGUGGUAAAGGCGAGGCCUUUGAUCGCUAGCGACCGAGAUAACCUUCUUGUGAUCGGUUUAGGAGACGGUUAUUUCGCGGUUUAUAAGUCGAAGCUUGCGAGUGUGAAAGGAGAUUUCAACACAAUGCUAUGGAGCAGUCCUGUGUUCUUCUUCAUACUGUUUCUGUUCGGAGCUUGGCAUUUUUUCGCCAAGAAGAAAGAGUCUCUCACCGCGUGGGGACCGGACGAUCCUUUUACUCCGAACGGUUCGGGGAAAGAGCCGUCGUUCACUGAGCCGUCUAGAAGAAACGAUGACCUCAUGGAUUUAAGGAGAAGGUACGUUGGUGGUGGGUCAUCGUACAGGUCAGUUGAAGCGAACGAGCAGAGUUCGAGAGCUCCGUUGGAUGGUAGCUAUAGGACAACGGCGCAGGAUCAUCAAAACUAUCGCGGUGGGUCGGGACUUGACUCGGGCGGGUUUGGUAAUAGAAGAGAUAAUUUGUUUGGUAAUAACAAAGUUUUGGACGACGAGAGUUGA